AUGAAUGAAUUGCCCAACUUAGUCGGACCACACCUUGUAAACGGUUCUAGCACCGUAUGUCUCGCCCUUCUUGAGCAGGACCUGGUUCUUCCACUCAGGCACGUUGGCCGCGUUGACAUAACGAGCAGGCUCACAGCAGAAACCAGCUCGGGCCUUGCGAGCUGGCAGACCGUUGACGGCGGGCACGUUAAUACCGGCUCCAGUGUAGAUCUGGAAAGUUGGCUCGGUGCUGUAGACUUCAAGGUUGAUGCCGGAGCCAGAGUGAGUGAAAGUCUUGUUAGCGGUGACGCCAGGGAAAGACUCGAUUUUGCCGGUGGGGAUGAGGUCGUCGCCAACAGCGAGGUAGCUGGCGGUAGGGAGAGUCAUCUCUGUGUCGGCGAUGGUCUCCUUUCCACUAGGGUUGAAGUAAGAGUGGUUGGUCAUGUUGAUGACUGUCUCAUCAGCGCCACCAACGAGCUUGGCCUCGUACUCCAUUGCGAGAACAGUGACAUCCUUGCCGUCGACCUUUUGUGUGCCCGUUGUGUAAGUGACAGUGACCUCUACGGUGCCGGGGUAUCCCUCAUCGCCAUCCUCGCUAGUAAGCGUAAAAGCAACGCUCUCUCCGCCCUCCAGACCCUCAACACCAGGAACCUCACGGGUGCCAACGGGCUUGGGGCCGUCCCAGACGCGAGUGCUCCAGCCAACUCUGCCGCCGUGGAGAUGGUUCUUUCCAUCGUUGGCGGCAAGAAUGACUUCCUUGCCAUUGAGGCUGUCAAUUCGAGCGUCCUUGAUACGGUUGGCAACGCGGCCAACGGUCACGCCAAAGUAGGGAGAGUUAUGCUUCUCAUAGUCUUCUUGGGCGGGGAAGCCUUGAACGAUGUUGACGCCGUUGACGACAAGAGAUUGAAUAAUGGCGCCGAGGGGCAGGAAAGUGAUUGA